CGCCACAAACUUCUCUUCGGGCUACAAGACGCCUCUCCCAUCUGACUCUUUACGGGGGCCAUUCACACCUAGCUAUCCGAAAGCUAGUUUCGCCACCUGAUCUCUAACCACCUUCAAACCGCUGCACCAUGCAGUUGCUCACGGCCAUCUGCGGGUGGCUGUGCGCCUCCUCCAGCUUGACUUCAAGCAAGCUAGGUGGCAAGGGCCUCACUACACCUCGCCGGACCAUUGAAAAACUUGUUGAGAUUCAUAUCCAGAGAGUCACGACGACAGUCACUGCAACAGUCACCGAAACCGUUGGCAUUAUCGCUACCCCUCUGGUUCACGCCCCUUCCCCGACCUACUCUCCCGUUGGCUUCCAGGAGUUUUCCUCCGACAACUCUCCCGUCGACUAUUCCCCCGCUGAGACUCCGUUCUCUGCACCUAGUGUUUCCUCUGGAUUUGGUUUCUUCUCGUCUGACGAUCUGGCUUCUACUCUGUUCUUCAUCGGACAAUUCAUGUCUGAACCGUUGCUCGUGGUCCCAGUGUCGAUCCUGGGCGUUUUGGAAUGGCUCUUCUGCUCCUGCUUCUUUGUGUCAUUCUGCUUCUUCUACUGGCACUGCCACUUCCGCAAGCGAGUUCAAGAGAUCCUCGAAGACCUCUGGAUAGCGUUCUCGCGUCGCUCCAUACCGGUCUGGGUACUUUUCUUCGGCAUGCUGCACUGCUUUGCGGCCGAAGAUGCACGCGAUCAUCCGCUUCAUAUUUUGAUCGCUGAGCCUUUCGCCCCAAAAACCUUCAGGUGGUUAUACGAAGAGCUGAGUGACGUGUGGGACGCUCGCGAGACCAUGAGCCGACUUCGUACAAAACUUUGGAAUGCCUAUCGGCCUGUCGUCCUGGAAUCGAUCGAAUGGUACCUGCUGCAUCUUCAAGAGGCCGUGUCCCUCAUCGACAUGGUCGGCAGACUCGUCUUCACCAUCCUCCUCAAGGCUAUAUGGCUAGUCGCGCAGACACUCCGUCUCCUUGUCGCCGGUAUCGAACGCAGUUCCGGGGCGAUCUUCCUACCUUUGGAAGUCAUCGGCCAAAAGACUUUCCUCCUCAUCAUCGCUCUCUGGCCCGCCCGCAUCUUCAACCCCGUCCGGGCAUUCUACGACGGUGUCCUCACCUGCCAACGAACCUACUACAACCUCGUCACCGAGGCCGCCAUCGCCAACAUGACCUACGACCAACGCCUGAACCUCGUCAUGGAGAACCGCCGCCUCCGCAUCCAACUCCGGGACUUCAUCGCCCAGGACGGCUUCGUCGGCAAACUCGCCGCCCGCUGCAUCGACUACCGCACGACCAUCUUCGCCCUCAUCCGCGAGGCCAACUACCUCUGCACAGUCAUGGACAUGUGGGCGACUUACGAGUGGGACAGGAAGAACAACUUCGUGCGCAGCGUUCCCCUCAUGGGCCUGCGAUAUAACUCUGCCAAACUCAAGUUCUGCGACGAGAAGACCGAGCAGGGGCUCCAUUUCGCCGUCCGGGAUCCAGUGAGGCACCCGACAUGGAUGAGUUACGAGGAGCGGCAGCGCGUAGCCGACGGCAGGAACAUCAAGCAGCUGUGCUCGAGGGAGGAGUGGCAGCGCAGGAACAUCUUGACGUACCGGGAGCCGCUCUUCGUGAAGCACCAGGUCGCUGCGUGGGGACUCGAGGCGCGCAUGGGCGAUGUCCAGUUCCCGGAUUACGAUACUUUCGACAUGGAUAGCCCGGACGGGUUGGGCAUGAGCGAGGAGCAGAGGAGGGAGGUCCAGUUUGACCCCGACAGUGGCAGGAUUGAGGAUGUGGCGUAUUUGGGCAGGGCGUUGGAGAAGUGGGAGGAGAUGGAGCUGGAGGCGGAGCGCCAGAGGCAGGGCACGAUUGAGGGGAAGUUGCGGCGCUCGUGGCUGGUUCAGCCGCCGCGUGUGGAGCAGGAGCAGGCGCUGAGGUUGAGCCAGCGGAUGGCGUCCCCAUAG